AUGACCAAAGAGAAUCAGCAGGAUGCGGGGCCAGACCCCAUCUUGCUCUCGCUCUUCGCCAACCGCUUCAUGUCGGUCGCCGAAUCCAUGGGCAAGUCGCUCCAGCAGACCUCAAUCUCGACCAACAUCAAGGAGCGACUCGAUUUCUCCUGUGCCCUCUUCAGCCCGGACGGCUCGCUCGUCGCCAACGCACCGCACUUGCCCGUCCAUCUCGGCUCCAUGUCGUUCGCAGUCAAGUUUCAGGUCGAUCACCUCGCCUCGAUCGGCGAAAAGAUGAAACGCGGCGACGUCAUCAUGGCCAACAUGCCCGUCGCUGGCGGCUCACAUCUGCCGGACAUCACAUGCAUCACGCCCUGCCACGCCGAAGACUCGGACGAGAUCAUCUUCUUUUGCGCUAGUCGAGGUCACCAUGCAGACAUUGGCGGAAUCACAGCAGGAUCGAUGCCGCCGACGUCCAAGACACUGUUUGAGGAAGGCGCGCGCAUCAAGUCGUUCAAGAUCGUCAGCGAGGGCAAGUUCGACCGGAAGGGACUGGAGAGGUAUAUGCUGGAAGAGCCGGCGCAGUAUCCCGGCUGUUCUGGGACAAGGUGCUUCCGAGAUGUGGAGAGCGACUUGCAGGCGCAAAUCGCGGCGAAUCAGAAGGGCAUCAAUCUGAUCCAUAUGCUCGUGGCAGAGUGGGGGCUGGAGAUGGUUCAGCGGUACAUGGAGUACAUUCGCAAAAACGCGGAAGGGGCGGUGCGGUCGCUGCUUCGAAACGUCGCCGAACGACAGGGGACCAAGCUGCAUGCAGUGGAGUACAUGGACGAUGGAACGCCCAUCGAGCUCAGCGUCGACAUCGAUACAGCGAAAGGCUCGGCAACAUUCGACUUCGAAGGUACGGGUCCGGAGGUGGCGGCCAACUUCAAUUGUCCUCGAUCGGUCGUCUCGAGUGCGAUCAUCUACUGUCUCCGCUCCAUGGUCUCGUCUGACAUCCCGCUCAAUCAGGGCUGCUUGACGCCGAUCGAUAUUCGCAUUCCCAAAGGCUCGCUCCUGGAUCCGUCCGAAACCGCCGCCGUCGUCGGAGGCAACGUGCUCACCAGCCAACGCAUCACCGAUGUGGUGCUCAAAGCCUUCAACGCAGCAGCCGCCAGUCAGGGCGACACGAACAACCUCACCUUCGGCCUCGGCGGCAAGGACAAGGAGGGGAACCACAUUGAAGGAUUUGGCUACUACGAGACGAUCGCGGGUGGUUCGGGCGCCGGACCUUACUGGCAUGGCACAUCGGGCGUUCAUACGCACAUGACCAACACGCGAAUUACCGAUCCCGAGAUCAUGGAGAGGAGGUAUCCCGUCGUGCUGCGCGAGUUCUCGCUGCGAGACGGAUCGGGGGGUGAGGGCGAGUUCAGGGGUGGAGACGGGGUGGUGAGGGAUAUCGAGUUCCUCAGCCCGGGCAUUCAGGUGUCGAUUUUGAGCGAGAGGCGGGUCUUUCAACCGUAUGGAUUGGAAGGCGGAGAGAGCGCAAAGAAGGGCAUGAAUCUGUGGAUCAAGCGGCGCAGGCAGGAGGAUGGGGAUGUGCGCGAAGGUGAGAAGGAAGAAGAAGCCGCGCCGAGGAUCAUCAAUCUCAGCGGCAAGAAUACGACACCGAUGGGAAGAGGGGACAGGAUCGUCAUCCAGACGCCCGGCGGUGGAGGAUGGGGUAGCAAAGCGAAGGACGGUAAGAAGCCAGAUGGUGACAAGGCGCCGAUCAACGAGCGCAACGCCUCGGGAAGGAUGGCGCCGUUGUUGAACGAUGCGAGCACGGAGAGCGGGGUGAUCGCGAAGAGCGAGGACGAUGUCGAUGCGAGUAGUGUUCAUAGCGCGGUCAAGGGGGCGCAUCAUACGACGCGGGCGAAGGGAAGCUUCGUGGCCUUGGACAGGACCACCAACAACACCUCCGACCUCGACGAUCGAUUCGUAGUCAACUCCUCACUCAGCUACUGCGACGACGAGAUCCUAUCACUGCUUGGAAAGCCAACCACCAUGGCGACCACGAUUCUCAUCACGGGUGCCGGCGGCUUCCUUGGCUCGCUCCUCGCUGAUACGUUGGUACGACUGCAGCCGGAGCAGACGUUCCAAUUCAUCCUCGUCGACGUCUCAACUCCUCCUGCGCCCAAGACUGCGGGCGUCCAAAGCCAUUGUCUCGCAGCGGACCUGACCACGCCCGCUGGAGUUUACUCGAUCUUCCGCACCCCCCUCGGUCUGCCCUCGGUCAUCUACUCUCUGCACGGCAUCAUGUCGAAAGGUGCCGAGGACAACUGGGACCUUGGCUUCCGGGUCAACUUUGUUUCCACGCAAUCUCUCUUGGAUGCGGCGCGGGCGCUUGUGCCUGGGGUCAAGUUCAUCUUUGCCUCCUCCGUCGGUGUAUUUGGGGGUAAGCUACCGGAGGUGGUGACACCAGACACGUAUCCGCGGCCAGAGUCGAACUACGGGACGGCCAAAGUGAUGUGCGAGUACCUCGUGACGGAGUAUUCCCGCAAAGGCUUUGUGGAUGGUCGAGCGGUGAGACUGCCGACGAUCACGGUGAGACCGGGUGCCCCCGCCGCUGCCACCACCGCCUUCGUCUCAGGUAUCAUCCGCGAACCUCUCCAAGGACUAGAGGCAACCUGCCCUAUCGGUCAAAACGCCGACGAUCCGGUGUUGGCAAGCACCGAACUGUGGAUCUCAUCCCCCUCCAUGGUCCUGCAAAAUCUGGCCAUCGCAAAAGACAUCCCCGCCGACAGCUUCCCCAAGUACUCCCGCGCCGUCAACCUCCCCGGCUUCACGGUCAGCGUCAAUGACCAAGUCGAGGCACUGAGGAAGGUCGCCGGAGACGAAGCGGUGAAACUGAUCAAGUUUGAGAAGGACGAAGUGUGCGAGAGGCUCGUCAAGACGUUCCCAGCUAGGUUCGAUAACAGCUUUGCGCUGGGGAUCGGGUUUAAGGUGGAUGAGGGUGGGUUCGAGGCCAAUGUGCGGGAGUUUCAGGAGUACCUUGCUGCUCAGAAGAAGCAGUAG